AUGGAGCAUACACAGCAGCUCGGGUGCGAUGGUCCGCACUACAAGAAACCAAGCAGAUUCCUGCAAUCAGCUUUCAUCAACAACACCAUGACCUCAAUGGUUCGCAAGAUGACAGGCUUGCGCAUUCAAUACAUCCAGCCAAAGGGUGCAGUGGUUCUCGCAAUGCUCGUUGUUGAACGCGCUUUCACCAGCUACAGGACAGGCACUCAGUGCGAUGUGCAGAUGUUCUUGCACAAGAGGUUUGAGACAGCAACUCAUCAGUACCAAUGA